UCUCCUUGAGACAAAGUCACCACCAUUCAUUGUUUUGGAUAAGAUUUCAAAUAAUUAGAACAUUGCAGGCAUGAUUGGUAUACUCUGAGAAACAAAGCCUAAGAAGCCAUGAAAACUAUGGUUUCUCUACAACAACAACCUCUUUACAUUACCAAGCCUUCUCCAUGGAAUCCAAGAAGCCCAACCCUCUACCCCAAAACCCUAAAAAAUCCCUACCUUCCCGCAAAAACAUGGAAGCUGCAUGCUGAGGGCGCCAAAGGCUUCAACAGAAAACCGGCUAGUACGCGGACAGAGAAGAUCAGUAUUGGUAAUGGGACAGUCACCGGAAAAAGCUACGGGAAUAACAAUGACGACGACGAAGAUGAGAAGAUGCCGGACAUUGUGAUGGAGAGGAUGGUGGUUAGGAUCUUGGUUUAUGUGGGGGUUCCAUUGGUGAGUGGUAUAGCAAUGCUGCAAGUGUUUGACAUAGUGAAGGAACAACAUGUGUGGGAUGUGCCACUUUGGUUACCUUUCUUCACCACUUUUGUCACAUUUGGAGCAUCAACUUUGGGAGUUGCAUAUGGGACUCUGUCUACGAGUUGGGAUCCGGAGAAGAAGGGUUCGCUUCUAGGAUUUGAAGAAGCUCAGACGAAUUGGGUCGAGAUGUGGAGAGAGGAAGAUGACAGCAAAAGAUGAUUGAUGUUUAGGCUGCCUAAAAUAUUUUCAUCCGAAAAGAUUUUUUUUGAGGUUAUAUUUAACCAAAGGAAGAAAUGCAGUGGCUGAUAUUGCUUUGGUGGGAGACAUUGAAUUUAUGCAUACGCAUUGUUUGAAGAAAUGCUUGUAUGAAUUGAUUUGGAGGAAAUUGAUGUAAAUUUUGGAUUUGACAUAUUUAUGUUGAAUAGAAAUGACACUCGAGCAUAUUAUGGAUC